AGCUUGUUUACGAUGGACCGCGGUCGUUAUCAUUGCACCGCCAGUCAAGCUUAAUGCAUGUAAAUAGAAUACCAGAGAUAAUCGUGAUAGGAGUCUGCGUCGUUGUCGGUACAUAUUAGCUGCCUUAUUUCCAGCUGCACUCACUGCUCGUUUGAAGCCGCAAAACAUAACGAUGAAAACGUUUAACUUUACGGGACUAAUGGCACCGGUGUUCACCCCGUACACGAACGGGAAUGAAACAUUAAAUCUACAAGCCAUCGAGCCGUAUGUGGAACUGCUGAAAGCGAACCGUGUGAAAGGUGUGCUCGUAAAUGGAACCAGCGGCGAAGGAAUGCUUUUGACCGUCGCAGAACGUAUGCUGGUGACGGAGGCUUGGCAAAGCGCCUGCAAAAAGUAUGGUAUUACCGUCAUGGUUCAGAUUGGAGGAGCACCGUACCCGGAUGUCGUGCAACUGGCGCGGCAUGCCUUGCAGAUCGACGUGGACGCGGUACUGUGCCUUCCGGAGCUUUAUUUUAAACCAAAAACAGCCGAAACGCUGGUGUCCUAUCUGAAGAGUGUAGCGAAGCACUGCCCCACAAUACCGUUCUUCUACUAUCACAUCCCGAUGUUUACCGACGUGAAUGUUCACAUGCCAACGUUCCUGAACAGGGCAGAGCAAGAGAUAGGCAACUUCCGAGGGAUCAAAUAUACGAGCGGAGAUCUUGAGCAAGGUAGCGCAUGUUUGAAGGACGGACGUACCAUAUUCCUCGGUGCCGAUACUAUUCUGUGUGGCGCAGUAGCGGCCGGCUUCGACAGUUUCAUUAUGACGACACUGAACAUCUGUCCAGAAACGGCGUUCGAAAUCAUUACCGACGUGAAUCGGGGAGCUGUGCAGGACGCUAGAGAGAAGCAGCGUAAGUUAAAUGCACACAUUGCCACAAUACUACAGCAUGGCGAUUGGGUAUCGGCCAUGAAGAAAGCAUUCAUAGAGAGGUUUCCUUCAAUCGAGGUCGGCCAUACCCGGCCGCCACUCAACGCUUGAAGAUGUGCUUUAUUGGGGAACGAACGCCUUCUUUGUCGCCUUCCUUAAUGACUGUCCAUGAACUGAAGAUCGGAAACGAGCAGUAUUGUUUGGGGCAGCGGCCGCGGUUGGGGAGAUAGCACCGUCAGCACUUGCUUGUCCAUGUUGACAUUGGUGACGCAAAUAAAGCCUGCCACGUUGGUUUGGAUCACAUUCUCGUCGGUA